AUGUUAAUAUCUAAAUCAGUGACCGUUGUCAACGAAACUCAUCUUCCCUUGCCAGAAAUCAAAGAUAAAUCAGUAGUUCUCAUUGAGAUCUCUAACAACAAUAUAAGUUCUUUAUUUCAAAUUCGAACCCGAACUUAUUGCGUUUUACUACUCAUCACCGUAGCACUUUCAAUUGUCAGAUUUGCCAUUGGUCAAUCCUAUAUCGAUCAAUGUCCAAUAGAACCACAUGUACCGAUUUCUCUUUGGAUCAGUGGUGUAAUUGGCAUCAUUACUUUCUUACUUAGUGGAUUACUGAUUGUAUCGCCUGGUUUUGUUGGACCAUCAGAAUUGAAAAUAGAAAAUAAUGAAGUUGUCGUUGAAACACCCUUACUCACUCGCAUUUUUAGUAUAUUAGUUGCACUUCUCAAUGUGACUCUCGUUGUUUGGUUAAUUUACGGUACAUAUUUAACCUACAGUGUGUAUAAUCGCAUUCAUCGAAGUAAAAAGAUAAAACAUCAAUUUUAUUGUGAUGAAACACUUUACAAAUACAAUACGGUUUUAUUGGUAGGAAGUUUUGUUAUAACCAUUGCACAAUGUUAUUAUACAGCAAUGCGUUUGCAAAGAUUAUCGACUUUUUGUAUCCUUUUAGCGGCAAAGACGAAUUGUAGAGUAUUUUUGUAA